AUGAGCAGUGGUCAAACAAUCGUGCUCGACGUGGGUGGGACGCUCUUCAAGACGCUCAAGACGACGCUGCGGCUGGUGCGAGACUCCCGCUUCGACGCCAUUUUGUCUGGCGCGUGGCGGCCGCAGUACGACGAAAGCUACUUUGUGGACAUGGACCCAACGUACUUUGGCCGCGUUCUCAACCACCUUCGCUGCGGAGCGCCGCUGUACGCAGGUCUGGAGCCGCGGGAGGUGGCCGAAGUCGACCGACUCCGCAUGCUUCUGCGUCUCGACAUUACAGCAACACCGUCCACACCAACGACACCGUCCACACCAACGACACCGUCCACACCAACGUGGGACGAUGCUUGGUGCGACGCGGGUCUCUUGCUCCUUGGCCGUGAGCGUGCUGUGGCCUUCGAGUCUGCGGUAUGGACGAUGUGCUACGUGCGGACCAUGCAGCCAUGCGACCAGUACUGCGUGCGUUUGACAGCGAGCGGGAGCAAAAGCGACGUGGCCCUUGGCUUUGCAACGUUCAACGACACUCUAUCGAAGAAUGUAAACCUGCGGUACAGCAUGACCGCCCACUGCUCGCAUGAUCAGCCGUUCAAGCGAGACGAGGUCCGAGGAAACUACUUUCACGGCAACAAUUCUCGCAACCACACCCUUCCUCCCAAUGUCGAUCUCCUCGUGACGUGGCGUCGCGAGAGCCACACGUAUUGA